AUGUCCAGAGAAAGGUCUCCAUCGCCCCACAAAGAUGCAGAUAUGGAGAUAGACUCCCAGUCUCCGACAGAUAAAUCAGACUCAAAAGUUGUCAUAGUCACAAACCUAACACGCAACGUCGUUGAAUCCCACCUCAAAGUCGUCUUCGGCUUCUAUGGUGAAAUAACCAAAGUCGACCUUCCGGUUUUCGGAAAAUCUGGCCAAAAUAGAGGGAAAGCUGCAUUGGAAUUCGCCGAAUCCGCUUCAGCCCACAAGGCGGCUUCGCAUAUGGAUGGAGGCCAACUCGAUGGAAACCACGACCCCCGCCCCGAGGACCCAGGAACGGGAGGGACAGACCAAGAAGCUUUUCUCGAUCCCGCUCCCGGUCGCGUUCUCGUACUCGCUCCCGAUCACCUCCCCCGGGCUUCAGACGCAGAGGUGGAGGCCCAGAUCCGCGCGACAGAGACCGCAACCGUGAUUCUUUCCGCGGAAGACCGUUUGGCCGUCGAGGACCCCCGCCACGCGAUAUGUACCGCCCCAACAACCGCUCGCGCACGCGUUCACGCUCGCCUAUCCGCCGGGGACCAUCUGACAGACCGCCGCCGCCGAGGAGACGUUCUCCAAGCUACACCCGCGGUGGUUAUGGGCGUCGUAGGUCAAGAUCAAGAAGCUAUUCUGUCCGCUCCAGUCGCUCUCGCACACGCUCGCUUUCGCGCUCUCGUUCGCGGUCGAUGUCAUACUCUAGUGACUCGCGUUAUACCCGAAGCCGUAGCCGCUCGAGGUCGGUGA